AUGUUCACUCUCUUUCCCGGAUCGCGCAACGCUCUGAAACCUGGCUGCCACACGACCGUCUCACCGUCACCCACACCCGUGACAAUGGCCACCUCGGCGGCGAUUUUGACUCUGUGGCUGCGGCUCUGCGUGCUACAGUUCUUGUGCGGCUUAUGCGCACGCGUGCGUGCGUACAUCCCGGCGAUACCGACGAACAGCACUGCGCUUGUGGGCAGUGGAGGGAACACCUCGUCGCACCUCGAUCUGCAGUGGUACCCCAUGGCCUCGUACUCUGAGCAGGUCUCGUACCAGCUCGUGGGUGCGGGGAGCUCGGGUGUCAGCAAGGGCGCGCUCGUGCACUUCUCCGAGACGAAUUUAACGACGAACGACUUUACGACAACGCCUUGGAUAGCAUUAGUAUCCUGUGACGGCAAUGCAACGAAUGCGUCGCAAGAGGCGGAUAUAUUCACGUUAGCAAAUCAGCGAGGCGCGGUCUCAGCGCUGCUUUACUCGCUACAAUCCCAGUCCUGCACCAUCAAUCCCGAUUACGCCGACCCCGCCAAUUUCAACCAGAUCAUGGAUAUCUUCACCAUGGAGUCGCUCGCCACAGCGAACGCGAUCGAGGACCAGUUUAAUGCGAUCAAUAAUACCAAGUACUACUAUUUCAACUCAACGCUGCUGAAUGAAUCCUUCUCCGCUAUUAACGACACCAUUGCCACCGGCGAUGUCGGCUCUGAAGGGUACGUGUUCGCGACCCUCAUAGCGUACAAUGCGACGGAUCCUGCCCCGUCCGAUGGCCAAGGGCAAAAGUCGUUCUCCAGCAGUUCCAGCGGCGGGGGGGCCAAUACGAGCUUGGCGAUGAUCAUCCUCUAUGCUAUCACUGGCUGCGUGUCAGCGUUGUUCUGUGUGGUCAUUGCAUCAGGAGCAGUCCGAGCGAUCCGCCAUCCCGAGCGAUACGGCCCGCGUGCAGGCGACGCACCAGGGUUCGGCGCAGCGCAAAGCAGAGCGCGUGGGCUCACGCGCGCGAUCCUCGAUACGUUCCCUGUGGUCAAGUUUGGAAGCUCAGGGCACGAGGAGAACGUGCGGCCGAAAGACGUCGAGUCUUCGCCUGUCGAUCAGCCUACUGCGGAAGAAGCGGAGGAUUUAGCGCAUGAUGCGAUGCCGGGCGAGUUUGCGCUGCAGGCCUGGGAGGUGGUCGAUGGUGAGUGGAGGCUGAGCAGUCAGGGACGGAAGAGCACGGAUGAAGAGGGCGAAUCGUCUGUGCAUGGCCAUUCGGGUGGCACUAUGGAGGACGCCGAGGGGGAGGAGGAUGUCACGACGCCGGGCGCAAGCGCAUCAGCCUCGGAUCAUCUUACGCCCUUACCACGUCCACGCCCACGCCUUCUCACUCGUGAAGGUGCAUCGACUAGCGGUCGUGCGGAGAAGGAGGUGGUUCCUGAUGCUAUCGGGCGAGAGACGUGCCCUAUCUGCAUCGUGGACUUCGAGGACGGUGAUGACCUGCGGGUGCUACCGUGUGAAGGACACCAUCGCUUCCAUCGCGAGUGCGUGGACCAGUGGCUACUAGAGCUGAGUAGCAGCUGCCCGAUUUGUCGGCAAGAUUUCCAUGCGCUAGAGACGAUGAUGGCGCGUGACGAUGAGCACCUGGAGCUGCCACAUAUGUUCGGGUCUGCACGACCUCUGUCCACGGCAGCGGCGCGUUUCUCGCGGUACCUGCGAAUUGCUCGGCGGAGGCAGGUGCGAGAGCGGGAUGACGGGCAUGGAUACGACGUGACGGACCCUCCGAUGCCCUUGGCGUCGGAAGCGCGUGUUUGA